GUAUUCUUUAUGAUAUUAUGAAGCAUAUUUUCGAUAUUUACAAAAUAUGCAAUGCUUUAUGAGUAAUGUGCAUGAUAAGGUCGUUGUUAUUUAGACAGUUUAUACUGGAUAUAUGAACGUUCUGUUAUGUUAAUACAGUGGUUGAAGUAUUAGGCCUCGUUAAGUGACUCAUACAAAGAGUUUUGUUCACUUUGUAUUAUGCAAUGGUUUGACCUUAGUACAGGUCUUGCGCGUUACUGAUGAAACAUUUUCAGUAUGCUUUGAUUUAAAAAUGGGUGGCAAAAACACCAAAACAUUUAAGAUCCAAGACGAUUCAAAGAACACUCACAAAAAGAUUCCUUUACAUACCGUUGAGGGUAUACCUAUUCCAACAUCGUUCUUUACUCCUGAAAAGCUACAGUCAGCAAUCUCUUACAAAGCCACACCAGAAGACGUUUUUAUUGUUACCUAUCCCAAAUGUGGAACCACUUGGAUGCAGUACAUUGUCUGGGAAAUAAUCAACGAAGGGGCUCCUCUGCCUUCUUUUGAUGACAUGAAUGUCAAAUACGUUCCUUUCCUGGAACUGACAGGUAGAGAAAUUGCAGAAACCAUGAAACCACCAAAGCUUUUCAAAGUUCAUCUUCCUUACCAUCUCACACCGCAUCAUCCUGAAGCUAAAUAUAUUUUUGUGGCUCGUAAUCCAUUCGACUGUUGUGUGUCUUUUUACAAUCACACCAAGAAAAUCAAAAACUGCUAUCAUUUCGAAGAUGGAACUUUUGAUGACUUUUUCGAAUGCUUCAUCCGAGGGGAAGUUCAUUAUGGAGACUUCUUUGACCAUCUUCUUUCCUGGUGGCCACAUCGUCAGGACCCUAAUGUUUUAUUCACUACUUACGAAGAAAUGAAGUCGAAUCCAGAGAAUGCCGUCACGAAUGUAGCCAAAUUUUUGGGAAAUGAUUAUUGGGAAAAGCUCAAAGAUGAUAAAGAUUUAGUGGACAAGAUAUUGGAAAACACUGAUUUCAACAACAUGAAGGAAAAACUACAGUACAACAUUGGUCAAGAUGGUGAUAAUGACCAGAAAGUCGAAUUUUUUCGUAAAGGGCAAGUUGGAGAAUGGAAAGAGAAUUUUUCAGACGAGCAGUAUCGUCGACUAAAGAAACACAUGAUGCAAAAAACCGAAGGAACUGACAUUCCGAAGUUGUGGAAAGAUCUUUGACUCGAGACUAUUAGAUGAUUUUUUAAAGCGAUGAAAAAAAUCACCAGAAUAAUUGUUUUCUAUAUAAGUAGUUAGAAACUGAAGGACAGGAGACAGGAACAAUUAACACUGUAUCUCAAACCCUCUCUCGUUUUCAAUUUGUUCUAUAUAUAUAUAAUGAUUUGGGUUUAAUUGGUUCAAUCACCACAUAUGUUAUUUUUAUAGGUCUUUUUAUGUAUUUCUAUGUAAAAAUAUCGAAGU